CCACCCGACUAUCAUGCUUUCCCUUGCUCGCACGCUCUCCGUCAGCCGCACUGCGACGCUGACUUCUGUCGCCGCUGCAUGGCGUGCUGCCCCUGCUGAUGGUGGCAUCCCGUCCAGCAUGGACGUGGCCACCGGGCGUGAGUACGAUGAGCUCACCGAGGGUGAGCGGCACCAGGAGCUCGGUGCUGAGGUGCUCGCCUCGCAGGCUGCCACCCACUGGGGCACCAAGGAGAACCCGGUCAAGGUGCUCUCGGCGGUGGACCACCGGAUUGUUGGCUGCACUGGCGAGAAGUGCUCGUCGAUCCACGAGAACGGCGUGCUCUGGUGGCGUCUUGACGCUGGCGCCCCGCACGAGUGCCCCUGCGGCCAGGUCUUCCAGCUUGUCGACCGCCCGCACGGCCUCGACCAGCACUAAGCUUGGCCUCUCGGUCACUCUCUCCCGAGCUUGCUCACUUUGUCCUCAGCGGCUGUGCUGUCCGUAAUGAACGUUCCCCUGCCAA